AGCUAUAGAAGGAAAACAGGAGCACCUGCACAGUUGGACCACUCAGAUCAAGAGGAAUCAGACCAAAUGGGACGUAGAAGUUCUGGCAAAUGGAGGAGGAGCUCUCAUGGAGAUGAGGGCGGACAUCAAACUAAGUCACCAACGAAGACUCAGCCAGGAAGUCCUGCAACAACCAGUUUGGCAACAAGACUGCAAGCAGCAUGGGUUGACUCAUCUUCUAGGGAGGCACCCAAAAUCAUUUCAGUAUGCUUCUCAGGAAAAUCUAAGAUCUCACCUGGAGCAGGUAGCUACGAAGACAUGAUUCGAGCAGAAUGGCUAGAAACACACCUGAAUAAGGACGCUGCUGACACUAUGAGUUCAACGGAUGCACCUGUCCACGCAACGCUGGCCCACGUCAUUGAUUCUGUCAUGGACAAGGAGCCAGUCAUGAGACUAACAGAGACCCCUGAGUCCAAACGCAGAAGUCUCAAAGUGUCUCACAGUGAGAAGGUAUUUGCUAAGAAGGUCAUGGUCACCCCAGAGGUCCACACAGAAGAUCAACCUGAGAAGUUCAAAGCAGCUAGAGACACUACGGUCCUCAAACGGCUGAGAACCGACGACAGGGCAAGAUAUCCAGAGGAAAGGGUGGAUGGCACCACUGUAAAGUCCAGUCAUCACGUGGGCCGAAUCGCAGACAAGAUCAGUCUGUUUGAAAGCCAAGCGGUCAGUGCACUUAAGAGUGGCUCCACAAACCUGCGGCAUCUGGACAUUUCCCCAGCUCAAAAAGUGUCGAGCCGUCUCCGAGAGAUUACAGAACCUGCUGGAACGUGGUCCAAUUCUGCACCUCCGAACCAGACGGUUAAAGAGCGGGCAUUGAAUUUCAACACAGGCCAGAGAAGACACGAGACAUUUACAUUGACGUCUGGGAGAUCAGGAGUUUCUGGCCAAACACUGAAUGGUGGACAUUCAAAAAUGACUGGUCAAACAUCUCAACAUUGUGAAAACAUUGGAAAAUCCACUGCAAAGACAAGAACCAGCUGGGAGAAGCCAGAAGUUAAACUCAAAGCUCCUUCAAACACAGAUCAAACAGACUCCAAAUCCCAGAAUGCAACAUUUUCAGAGAGAACAACUGACUCAAUAAUUGGAAAUAAGGUGGCGGGGACAACAAACUGCUUUUUGCCAACUGUUUCAUCACCUACCGAUGAGACCCCACAGCUCAAAUCUCCGAGCCAGACAGGCUUAAGAUCUAAACAACUGCGAAGCAAAGAUGGGGUUCAACCACUGAGCCCAACCAUCAAAAACAAAGAGGAAACUGUGCAAGUUAAACAGUCAGUAAAGGAUGAAAAGAGUACCUCAGAGAUUAGAAUUGACUCGAAACCUCUUAAAGACACAAAAGAUGCCAUAAAAACCAUAGAUAAAUAUUUGAAGAGCACUUCUGAGAAAGCAGCAACCAAAAACACUGAGGUGAUUUUAAAAAAGCCCAAAGUGCCACAAAAGCUGGUGAAUGCACUGGAAAUAGUGCAAAGCACAAAGAAAACACAAGAUACUGACUCAAAGAGGUUAAAAUCUCCACAGAUGGAAACUAAGAGUUUAAAAGAAACAAAGACAGUAACCUCUGCUUCUGGAACACAACUGUUAUUUCCUUCAACAUCCAAAAAGAAAAACCCCCAAACUGUGAGCCGCUCCAUUGUGAAGCUAAUAGAACGAGCAGAAAACAACUCAGAAACUGAACAACAGAAUUUCAGCAAAAAGCAGCCUGUUCCAGAGCACUCUGAAAGAGAGCGGGGAAAGGAGCAGAAAAACAGAGACACGAUUGUAAACAAAUUGUUUGGAGAGUUGGGGAAACCAGAACCAGCUGUGACAAAAGAAGAGAAACCGCUAUCCCCAGAGGAUCUGAAAGAGAGCACCUCUAAAGACCUUUCUGAGCCAGUCAAUAGCAUUCCUGCAGCCUCCUGGAAAGAUGCCAUGCAGAGCAGAGAGAGUAAAACAGAUGGAAAGGUGUUACCUGAGAAAGACAGUGUGCCUCAAGGGAAAAGUACCUCUGAAAAUGACUCAAAAUCAGAUGAGGUACCAACUCCAUCAAAAAGUGAUCAGAAGGACUGUUUGACUAAGAUAACUAAUAAGAAUAAGAAAAAUAACAAUGUGACAGAAACAACCUAUAAACGCUUGGAGAUCAAAACAACAGUGACACCCAAACACAAUAAGACAACCAAGCAGAACAUAGAGGAAGAAAAUCCUUUGCUGCUUAUAACAAAGACAACAGAGAAAGACACUUCCACUGAACUGAGCAAUCAGGCUACAGAGAAACAUGUUUCUACUAGAGCACUGACCACACCAAACCCUGAACUGGUCAAAAACCUAAAGAAUCAAAUGGACUCCAAAACUUCACCUCAAAUUCCACCCAAAGAGGAUGAAGCUCACAAAAGAGGUGGGCCACCCCCAUUGAGCCAAUCAGAGAGCAGAGAAGAACAAAAGACACAGACAGCAGCCAAUGAGAGAGAGUUAAAACAGGAACAGGAGGGAAUAAUGGCCAGCACUGGAAAAGAAGAGGGAAACACACCUGAAACCCAGAGUGAAAUGGCAUCCAGAGUAAAUGGAAAAAUACUCUCAGAAGGGACAGAUGGUCAUCAAUCUGGAGAGAAAAUAUUUUGCUCUAGCAAUGAAGAUACCUUUCCUGUGGUGCCAUCUAUUAAUGAGAAUCUGAUUUUCAACUUAGCCAAUAAGACGCCCACAUCAUUUUCCUCCACAACCAAUGAAACCUUCACAGAGCUGCUUGGCCAGGCCAAUGAAAAAGCUAUCUCUAAACCAGCAUCAACAGAUGUGACAGCCUCGAGUUUGCCAGCAUCAGUUCAUAAAAAGACCACCCCUUCACCAGCUUCAUUCACUGUAAAGACCACGCCUCCUCCCACCUCAUCUGAUGAAAAGACCAUACCUUCACCUUCCAUAAAUAAUAAAAAUACCACGCCCCCACCAGCCUCAUCUGAUGAAAAGACCACACCUUCUCCCACCUCAUCUAAUGAAAAGACCACGCCACCUCCAGCCUCAUUUAAUGAAAAGACCACGCCUCAUCCCGCCUCAUUUAAAGAUAAAACCACGCCUCCUGCUGCCUCAACUAAUCAAAAGACCACACCUUCUCCCACCUCAUGUAAUGAAAAGACCACACCCCCACCAGCCUCAUUAAAUGAAAAGACCAUGUCUCCUCCCACCUCAUCUAAUGAAAAGACUAUGCAUCUUCCGGCCUCAUUUAAUGUAGAGGCUACGCCUCCUCCCGCCUCAUCUAAAGAGAAGACCAGGUCUCCUCCUGCCUCAACUAAUGAAAACACCACACCUCUGCCAGCCUCACCUAAUGAAAAGGCCAUGCCUCCUCCCGUGUCAACUAAUGAAAAGAUCACAUCUCUGGCCUUACAUCCUCCCGCCUCAUCUAACAAAAAGACUAUGCCUCCUCCUGCCUCAUCUAAUGAAAAGACCAUGCCCCCACCAGCUUCAUUAAAUAAACAGACCACACCCCCACCAGCCCUAAUAAAUAAAAAGGCUGUGCCUCUUCAAGUUUCAGCUAAUGAGAAGGUCUCCCACACAUUAGCCUCAGGCAGUGAAAAAUCCCCACCUAGUCCUAUUAAACCUCAAUCUACAGAUCCAUCCACAAGAAAGAAGGAAUUGAUUCGAAAACCAUUUUUCCUUCCACAAAUCCCCUCUGCACCUGGUAGACCCUCCCUGAACAGAGACUCUCCAUCCAGCUGGCUGGAUAUUGACCACCAACAACCCAUCAGGAAGAAGCAGACAAUUUCAGAACCAAAACCUAAGCUCAGCUCUUCUGUCAGUGAGACCAACCUCCUGGAUACAUCUGGAGAAUUUGACCCAGAUGAUUUUAUUGCAAAUGUAAAGAGGCUAGCAAUGCCAUUCAGUCUUCCCCAACGCAAACACAACCAACUUCGCCUGCAAGCCCCUCCGUUCGCCAUGCCUGCCAUUAGAGAAGACCGCUGUGAGAAGCCUUUUGAUCUGGAGGAGUUCCAGUUUGGCUUGAGGAGGAGGAGAAUUGAGUUCACCUUGGACAUGACGCCAACUUCAAUAGCCAAGAGUCAAAACAAAGAGGCCAAGGAGGAGGACAACAAACCCAAGCGGAUAAACCCUGAGCGGAAGAGCAUUCUCUCCAGGUCCAUCCUCUUUCAGAGGGCAAAGAAGGAGCCAGAAGAGGAGGAAGGUGAAAAGAAAGAGGGAUCAGAAGAAAGGAAAUCCGAACCAUUGGCGAGGACUCGCUUGGAGAGAUCCUCCAUUCUCAGCAGUCUUUGCAACCCCAGCAGGGUAACUAGUGAAAGUGUUUCUACACCUGAUCUAGUGGAUCUGAAUCAGACUGUGAAAGAUAACACAGCUAUCACAGAAGAUCUGUCAAUUCUUCCUACAUCUCAACCUUCAGAGGCUCAAACUUCUCAAGCUGACAUUCAGAGGGAACAGCCAAAUAUUCCGGCAGUCCGUGGAUUCCAUCGACGUCCUGGAAAGAUCGUAAUAUUUGAGCAUCAUCAGUUCAGCGGUCAGUCCUUUGAGUUCUUCAGAGAUGUACCUGAUGCCACACACCUGCAGCUGUCCAGUGUCAUAUCUGUUAAAGUUAUUAGAGGCUGCUGGAUACUGUAUGAGAAACCAGGAUUUGAGGGGCGUUGCAUCGCUCUGGCGGAGGAGGCCGUUACUGAGCUGCCCAAUGAAUGGGCAGAAGAGGCGGGACUAACGUCUACUCCAAUGAUCAUUGGCUCAAUUCGGCUGUCUGUCAGAGACUACACUCCUCCCCGUAUUGAGCUGUUUACGGAGCCCUCGGGCAUGGGCAGAAACUCUCAGUAUCUUGAAGACACAGACGAGGUCGGCUCAUUUGGUCUGCCACUGAACACCAGCUCCAUCAAAGUUCACAGUGGCCUGUGGAUGGUUUACAGUGAUCCAGGUUUUCAGGGUUUGUUAGCCGUGUUGGAGGUGGGAGAAUAUCCGAUUCCGGAGUCCUGGGGUUUCCCGUCGCCCACGGUGGGCUCACUGCGAGCGCUGCGAAUGGGCUAUCUGAAAAUAGAGAACCCUAAUGGAGUGAAGGCGGUGUUGUAUGAGAAGGCAGGUCUUGAGGGCCGCUGUGUGGAGGUUCAGGAAGACGUCUUGUCUUUCAGAAGGAGAGAGACAGACAGCAGCGAUCUAGACGGUCAUGGAUUGAAAUGUGUGGAAUCAUUGAAGAUCAUCGGUGGACUGUGGGUGGCAUACGAGCGUGAAGGUUUCGAGGGGCAGCAGUUCAUUCUGGAGGAAGGAGAGUAUUUAGACUGGAGAGACUGGGGCGGGACGGGUCAGAAACUUCUGUCUCUAUGGCCAGUUCUAACUGAUGUCUCUUCUCCUCACAUGAAGAUGUUUAAUGAUUUGGACUUUGGAGAACGGGGCGGAAACAUUGACCUGCUCAAGCCGCUGGAAAACACAGCAGACACAAGCUACGGUCCACACACGUGCUCUAUCGAUGUACUGUCGGGAGUGUGGGUUGCGUUUGAAGACCCUGGGUUCUCUGGUCAGCUGUAUGUGUUGGAGAAAGGUCAGUACGGAAGCCCGGAGGACUGGGGCGCAUCAAACAGCCGAAUCUCGUCUGUGAUACCAGUGACUCAGGAAAAUCUGGGCGACUCGUGCCAUUUCAAGAUUCAGUUGUUCUCUGAGGCUGAACUCUGUGGGACAUCUGUGCUGCUGGACGACUCGUUACGCACAAUGCCUGACGGAUUCACCGUGCACUCCUGUAAAGUUCUCGCUGGAAGCUGGCUGGCAUUUGGUGGUGAGUGUUUUUCCGGGCCGCAGUGUGUUCUGGAGGAGGGUGUGUAUCCUGACGUCAGGUCGAUGGGUUUUACUCACCACGACACAUUAGUAAUGUCACUACAUCCAACUGGAUACGAGUUCUCUCUGCCUUCUAUUGUUCUGUUCGAGCGUUCUGGACUGAAGGGACGCAGAACUUUACUGAAGUCCAGUUCAGUGAAUCUGCAGUUUACAGACUGCACUAGAGUCUCAUCUAUACUGGUGGAGGGCGGCAUGUGGGUUCUGUACGAGUUGAAUAACUUCAGAGGUGCUCAGAUCCUGCUCAAGCCAGGAGUGGUUCCUGAUUGGCCCAAACUUUCCGACUGGCCACGAAUCGGAUCUCUCCGCCCACUCAUACAGAAACAAGUGCAUUUCCGUUUGCGGAACAAGGAGGCGGGGCUACUGAUGUCUGUCACAGGGUCGCUCGGUGACAUCAAACUGAUGCGUAUCCAGGCAACCGAGGAGACGGGUGGCAUGGAUCAGAUCUGGAUCUAUCAGGACGGUCACUUGCAGUGCAAAUGGCUUGCGGACUGCUGUGUGGAUGUGGGUUCUGGAGUUCCGAUGGCCGGCAGCAGAACGGUUCUCUCUUCAGAACCAAGUCAGUCUCAGCAGCUGUGGAACAUCACCUCUGAUGGACUCAUCCGGAACAAUGCUGCUCCUAACCUUGUACUGGAGGUCAAAGGAGGUCAACAGUUCGACAAAUGGCAGAUUAUUCUCAAUGAAUUCCACCCGAACAAAAUGAAUCAAAGAUGGUCCCUGGAGAUUCUCUGACCUGAUGACAGUGAAUUCAGUGCAGCUCCGCCGUGGGACCUACUGCUCUGUGGCAGAGCUGCACCAGGGGGACCAGAGUCCUGUGAGGCAGCUGCGCCAGGGGGACCAUGAACUGCAUUCAUUAGGAAACAUCAUUCUCAAGAAAACAACGCCCAAAGCGGCUGGAAUAUGAUCAUAUUCUGCUGGACUUAUAACAUGAACUAAUGAAAUUUAAACACGUGCAAGCUGCCUUUCAAAGUAAAAAACAAAAUGAGCAUGGAAGAGACUUCACAAAAAUACAUACUUGAACAGUUAUUCUUUAUAAACGUUCGUUUUUCAUUCUGUGAAAUGCAUAAACAUACCUGUGUAGACAUUUGCUUCCUUUUCAGCUGUAUAAAAAUAGAACUCGUUUAUAAGCGAAUGUGUUUUAUUAAUAAACAUCAGCUUUGUUCCAAUCA